AUGGCCCGGGACCCCAAGCAACCCAGACCCGCAAGCACCCCAGACCCCGAUGACGGAACAGCCCAGCCCCCCGCCGUACCGAGAUGGCCGGGGUUCCUCCGUGAUCCUCUGAACCCAGCAGACCGCAACCGACCAAGCAACCCAGACCCACAGACAACCCCAGACCGCAAGCAACCCCCCCCGAUGACGGAAGCCUCAGCCCCCCCGCCGUACCGAGAUGGCCCGGGGUUCUUCCGUGAUCCUCUGAACCCCAGACCGCAAGCAACCCCAGACCGCAAGCAACCCCAGACCACAAGCAACCCCAGACCGCAAGCAACCCCAGCCCCCAUGACGAGAUGGCCCGGGGUUUUCCGUGCCUCAGCCCCCCCGCCGUCCCGAGAUGGCCCGGGGUUCUUCCGUGACCUCUGA